CAAUGUCAAGUUCGAUGACGGCGUAAGUCUCUCUUUCCCUCACUCCCUGAUUGCUUUUGCGCAGAAUGAAAUAUGAAGAAGCGAUCGAUUUUGUGUACCGUUCGUUGUUCUCAUCCAUACCGCUCUUGAUUUCAAUUGCGCCCUUUCUUAUCCUUAGGAAUUGAUGCGAUUCAUUGUCGCACGAAGCUACGACCUCGUAAGUUGAAGGCUUGCACUCGGGAGCGGAUUUUCGCGCAAUGGAUUUGUAGCUACAGGAAGAAGGAGGAAGACGAUGGUGAUGUGGUGUUGCCCUCGCUCUCUCUCUCUCUCUCUCUCAUUUUUUUUCCCUUCACCCUCUGUCGGAAUCACAAUGAGUGCAGGCACGCAUAAUUUGUGAGCACGCGUCGAUGUCUGGUGGUUGUAAUGGCGCCAAGACUCAAUUGCUCGCCUCGUUGGAGUGGCGAACGACCAACAAGGUCGACGACCUCCCGAUCCCAGGACCCAAGAACUCGAACGGAGUCAUGUAUGCCGUGCGUGGCUGGUACUCGGUUCCGGAUGCAAACAUCGAGCCGAAUCAGCCUAAUGUGCCAGAGCAUGCCGUGCGUCUGCAGAAGUACAUGGGAGGAAGCUGUCUUCACAAGUGGGACAAGGCAGGACGACCCAUCUAUAUCGAGCGCAUGGGCCAACAUAAUGUGAAGGGUUUGGCUAAGAAUGUGACGACCGCAGAGUUGGUCGAUUACCAUAUUCGUUGCACUGAAUUCGUGCAUAAUACCAUCAUGCCAGAGUGCGAGGAGCGUUUCGGAACAGAUGACAAAGUCAUUGAUAAGGAGACGGUUAUCUUUGACUGUACGGGCAUGGGUUUUCAUCAGCUGCAUAUGGAGGGUCUGAACAUGCUCCGAUCAUUGACGGAUAUGGAUCAAAAGGCAUACCCAGAGCGUUUGGGAAAGCUGUUUAUUGUCAAUAGUCCAUAUGUCUUUGUCAAGGUCUAUUCCAUGAUUAAGAAGUGGCUCGAUCCCGGAGUCAUUGAAAAGAUCCACAUCCUGGGCAAGGACUACAAGUCGGUUUUGCUGCAACAUAUUGACGAGGGAAACCUUCCUGACUUUUUGGGCGGAACGUGUACAUGCAGCCACAUGCCCGGUGGAUGCGUGCCCUCUGUGAUAAUGAACAACAUCAAGCCUGUGGAGAAGUCGCCUCCAGUCAAGAAUGACCUGCUUGCGGUUCCCACUUAUAUGCGUCCUCGAUCUUCGUCUACAGCAUCCGCGAAUUCGAUUCUGGACUUUGUGAUCCCUGGCAAGCCCAAGGAUGGAAUCUACCAGGUGUUCUCGACGAUGACACUUGGAAAGGCGUGCGAGUACGAGAUUGUGGUUGCGGAUGAGGAUGUGGAGCGAGAGCCGGAGGUGAUCAUCAUGUUCCGUAUCAAGGGUGUUCGUGCAGCCUGUGAUGGACUCAACUUUACGGUCGUUCGAUUCGAAUUUGGCGAGAAGGCUGAUAGUGGUACCAUUGUGGUUCCCACCAAGCUUUACUCGCUUUCAGACUGUCCCGAGAGCUCUGAGGGUGUUGAGGUGAAGUUCAAGGCCAGGGACGCGGGAUUGUAUGUGCUAUCGUGGAAGCCAGAGAGCCAGCAUGGGUUGGUGCAGAUGGAAUAUGGUGUGAUGGUCGAUGGUAUCCUGGGAGAGGGUUCAGAAUCGCCUUAAGAAGCAGGUGUUGCGUGCGUGCGGGUGUCAUUCUGCACAGAGACAAAACACAAACAUGGAUUAUCGCGGGAAGGACACACGCAGCUGUGUGUGAACAUCAGCCAUUUCCUCUCGCAUCAAUCAUUGUAAUUUCAUUCACGGCAUGCUUAGAGUCAUAAAAAUAAUAAAAAUGAGAGAUCGCAAUUCGGCC